AUGUCUCGUCCGGCGCUCCAUAUCGGUCCCGAGAUGUUGAUUGCGUCCGCGCCGCCGCAGCUCCUACUUGGCCCAUACCAUACACAACACAGCGCCUUACACGACCUCGAGUUUACUGGUGUCCUUCAGCCAUGGCAGGGCUUUUUGAGCUCUGUGCAGACGGCACACCAGAAUUACACUUUUCGCAGUCAGACCCUAGCCCUGACACUUAAGACACGAGACCCUUAUGCCCAGGGAAACGUCGAAAUUGGUGAUGAACAUGGUCUUCUAGGCCGUUUCCACAAGCACUUUGGCGACGUGCUCAAUUCUGUCUUCACAUCACACUCAACCGGAAUACGCUUUGCAGAUUUCAAAUGCGUACAGUCUACCUUCAGUGGCACGCCUGAUGUGAUCCUGAAGGACGACAAUCACCAUGUGAAGGUCGCUGGAGAGCUCAAGGUGCCAUGGAUUGCGGAUCACUGGCUAGAAGAUAAAUACAACGACGUCGACCAGCUAAGGAUAAUACUUGCUCAGCCGAUCAAGUAUAUGCAGGGGCUAGGGUGUGUGUAUGGAUUUAUGAGCAACUACGAAGAGACAAUUUUUCUCAGACAGCUAGUGGAUAGCCAAGGGGCAUAG